AACGAUUGUUUCCAAUUUCCAAAAGGAAGAUUGUGAGGAAGGUUCUGUUCGUGCUUCCGGAUGUGGUAGGAAUUGUCUCCGCGAUUGCUGUCUUCCAGGGUCGAAGCUUCCAUUGUAUGCUUUCAGAAAACUGAAAACCUGCAAAUCUGACACCAACUCAGAGGUGGAUGUCAAAGAGCCACCCAUUGCUUUCUUGGACUCCCUGCUUCUUGGAGAGUGGGAGGACCGUAUGCAGAGAGGUCUCUUUCGUUAUGACGUCACUGCCUGCGAAACUAAGGUCAUACCUGGGGAAUCUGGCUUUAUAGCACAGCUGAAUGAGGGGAGGCACCUCAUGAAACGGCCAACUGAGUUUCGAGUCGAUAAGGUUUUGCAGCCCUUUGAUGGGAACAAGUUUAACUUCACUAAGGUUGGGCAGGAAGAGCUGCUUUUCCAGUUUGUAGCCAGUGAUGAUGGGACCCAGUUCUUCCCUGAUUCAUCAAUUGAUGCCGAGAGCUCAACCAAUAUUGUUGCCAUUAAUGUCAGCCCUAUUGAAUAUGGCCAUGUCCUGUUGGUUCCUAAGGUUCUUGAAUGCCUUCCCCAGAGGAUUGACAGAGACAGCUUCUUGCUUGCACUUCACAUGGCUGCAGAAGCAUCUAACCCAUACUUCAGGGUGGGCUAUAACAGCUUGGGGGCAUUUGCCACCAUCAACCACCUUCAUUUCCAGGCAUACUACUUGGCUGUGCCCUUUCCGAUUGAGAAGGCCCCUUCAAGGAUAGUAACCACUGCUGCAGGUGGUGGUGUGAGUGUUUCUGAGAUUCUGAAUUAUCCUGUGAGGGGUCUCGUCUUUGAUGGGGUGAGUACCCUAGAUGAUUUGGCCAAUGUCGUCUCGAGUUCAUGUAUAUGCCUCCAAGAAAACAACAUUCCUUAUAACGCCCUCAUCUCUGAUAUGGGGAAAAGAGUUUUCCUCAUUCCUCAGUGUUAUGCAGAGAAACAGGCACUUGGGGAGGUGAGUAGGGAGCUCCUUGACACCCAAGUCAAUCCAGCGGUUUGGGAGAUUAGCGGUCACAUUGUAUUGAAAAGGAAGGAAGAUUAUGAGGGCGCAUCUGAAGAAAAUGCUUGGAGACUCCUCGCUGAGGUUUCCCUUUCUAGGGAGAGGUUCCAAGAGGUAACUUCUCUCGUCUUCCAAGCCAUCGGGGCGGCAGAACAUGACCGCCCCCUCCCUGAGAAGAAACCUGUUGUAGAUCCUCAACAAAUGGAGGAAGAGAUGGAUUCCCUUGUUGGCUCUCACCCUACAAUGGUUCCCGUGUAGGGCUUUCUACUCCUAGACUGUACUGUUGUAUCUGGGAUUAUUUAUCAAUUAUGCGCAUCUCUCUAUUGGAAAUGUGUGUCUGAUAGUCAAUUGUUAUCUGUGGCUUCCCCCUGUCUAAAUAAGGCAAGCCAUGAAUUUUUUUUCAACAUAAAAUUAUGUGAAAUAUAUGAAGUUUGCUUUUUGAACCAUGUAAUCGUUUGUUUCUUUUAAAUGCAUUAUUGGUUGUACAUUGUACUAGAUUAUUGUUCUAAAUUUCCCACCACUCAACCAACUGAGCUACCCGUGCGGGUUGUACUAGAUUAUUCUAGAUAUAGAAUGUCGACAGGGUACGUCUAUUUAAUAAAUCCUUUAGGGAAAAUUUA